UACAAACAUUUACAAAAAUCAUUCUCAUUCAAUCACGACGAAAACGAUAAUUGUUUAUGUAAAUGGGCACCAAUUGUUUUCAAAUGAGUAAUUGAUUACUGUUACAACACAAUUCAGUUAGGCAGUGCCCACAUUUAAAAAAUAUUGGGGAGCAAAAUUUCGAUAAGAGAUAAUAAUUGCGAAUAAAAUCUAGCGAUUUCUAGACGACUCAUUCGCUCUCCAACAAUGAUCAAAAAUUUUUUUCGUCGCGCAAACACCACCAAACAAAUCGCGGAACAACGACGGCCCGCGGUCACCCCCCAGCACUUCGACUACGAUGAAGACAUCAUCAAGACAAUCACUAAGCACCCCAAAUGCAAAGAAGACGAGAUGUUUAUUUUAUCAGCGAUCGAAAACAACGAUUUUUUAUGCAGCCUCCUCCAGAAUAAAAAAUUGCAAGACGUGGUCGAUUGCAUGUACCCCGAGUCGGUCAGCCCCAGUCAAACCAUCAUAAAAGAGGGCGAUGACGGUUCGCAUCUUUACGUUUCCGUUACCGGGACGUACGAAGUGAUUCAAAACGGAAAAGUGGUUAAAACCUUCAGCGACGUGCGCGUUUUCGGCGAAUUGGCCCUUUUGUACAACGCCAAGCGAAUCGCGACGAUAAAAGCGCGCACUUUUGGCAAAGUCUGGAUUUUGGACAGGGUCGUAUUCAAGCACUUGAUGGUCAAUUCGGACAUUGAGCAGCGCCAGGAAAUCGUCGAUUUUUUGAAACAAGUCCCCAAAUUGAACAGCGUCCCUUUGGAGGUCCUGGAAGAAGUCGCGUCGUUGCUAAAACUGGACUUUUUCCCCACUGGGACCAAAAUCGUGGAGGAAGGGGAAGUAAACCCUGACAAGUUUUACAUAAUUAAGGCCGGCUCUGUGACCGUGAGCAAGAAAAACGAAGGCGCGAUUGACAAACUCUACAAGGGGAGUUUCUUCGGGGAGUUGGCCCUUCUGAAGGAGAAGGAACGUAAAGCCACAGUCAUGGCCGACCCGCCAGGGACGGAAUGCCUGAUUUUGGCCCGGCGCGAGUUUAUCGCCCACUUCGGGAACAUCCCUGAUUGUUUCAGCAUCAACGUCCAGACGCAGCCUUACAAGCCCAUGGAGGAGAUAAUCGAACACACGGACCUGAAUUUGUCCGAUUUUCACGUUAUUAGCACGUUAGGGAUCGGGGGUUUUGGCCGAGUUGAGUUAGUGCAACACUCGGGCAAAAAAGAACUCGUUUUCGCCCUUAAAUGUAUGAAGAAAUACGUAAUUGCGGCCCAGAAACACCAAGAGCUCGUUUUCAACGAGAAGAACAUUCAAAUCGUUUGCAAAAACAAUUUUAUCGUGCGCCUGUACCGCACUUAUCGGGACAAAAAAUUCCUCUAUUUUUUGCUAGAGCCGUGUCUGGGGGGCGACUUGUGGACGCACCUCUACAAGCAAAAACCCCGCUUUUUGGACGAAAACCACGCCAAGUUUUACACCGCGUGCGUGGUGGAGGCCUUUAAUUACCUCCACGAACGUCUGAUUAUUUACCGCGACCUCAAACCCGAAAAUUUGCUCAUCGAUGCCAAAGGUUACGUGAAAUUGACCGACUUCGGCUUCGCCAAAAAAUUAAAAAUGAUUAAAAAAUGCGUCAAAAAAACCUACACGUUUGCGGGAACCCCCGAAUACGUCCCGCCCGAAAUCAUGCUCAAUCAAGGCCACGACAAGGCUGUGGAUUACUGGGCCCUUGGAGUGUUCGUUUUUGAGCUUUUGACGGGUAAAACCCCCUUCCGGACCGACGAUGUCACGUACAUGAAGACCUACAAGUUGAUUCUGAAGGGGAUAGAUGAUGUCGAGUUUCCGAAACACGUGUCGGUCGAAGCUGUUAAGUUGGUCAAAGAGUUGUGCAAGUCGACGCCGCCCCAAAGACUGGGCUGUGGGAGCGGCGGCAUUUUGGACGUGAAAGGGCACGAGUGGUUUGGGGGCUUCGACUGGGGGCGGUUUGAAGGGGGCAAAAUGCCCGCCCCUUUCAGACCCAAUUUAAGGACGAACAUUGACGUGCACUACUUCGAGAAGUUUGGGGCCGACGAGGACGUGCCCCCCGAUGUGGCCGUAGACUGGGAUAAAGAGUUUUAGAAUUUGAAUUUCCCGGUUUGGGUAAUUCAUAGACGACUGUGUUUUUCGAGUCGGUGCCCACGCUUUGAAACCUUUAUUUGCGAUUAUUAAUUUACCAAACUCAUUUAUUUACUAGCAUCAGUUAAUUAGUUAAUUAAUAAAGACAAUAAUAUGCAA